UUCAGGUUAAACGGGAUGUACCAAGACGGAGACUUUAUCAUUGGAGGCCUGUUUGCAUUUCAUCUCAUCACAGUGUUCCCAGAACUGAAUUUUAAAAGAGAACCGGAACAGAUGCAUUGUGAGCGAUUCUAUAUGGCGAGUUUCCAGCAGGCACAGACUAUGGUAUAUGCCAUAAAUGAGAUCAAUAACAAUCCUAACCUGUUGCCUAACAUCACCCUUGGUUAUCAUCUGUAUGACAACUGUGUAAAGCUUGCAGUAUCAUUCAGGUCAGCAACAGCACUUCUUAGUGGGACAGAGGAGACCCUUUCUAAUUUCAACUGCACUGGCCCACCACCAGUAAUUGGGAUUGUGGGGGAUCCUGGAUCUACUCACUGUAUAGCAAUCUCUAGUGUGCUGGGACUAUUUCGAAUACCUAUGGUUAGCUACUACGCCACCUGCUCCUGUUUGAGUGACAGGAAAAAGUAUCCCUCUUUCUUCAGAACGAUCCCCAGUGAUGCCUUCCAGGUGCGGGCUAUGGUACAGAUCUUGAAGCAUUUUGGAUGGACCUGGGUUGGUCUCGUCUACAGUGAUGAUGACUAUGGCAUCAAUGCUGCUCAGUCCUUCCAAAAGGAAGUGCAGUUGUUUGGAGGUUGUGUUUCUUUUUCUGAAAUCCUGCCUCUGGAUAACAACUACAUAGACAUUCAUCGCAUUGUACGAGUGAUUCAGGCCUCUACAGCUAGAGUGGUGGUGGUGUUCUCCACAGAAGCCUAUCUGCUCCCUUUGAUGGAUGAGGUGGUAUUGCAGAAUAUAACAGGCAGACAGUGGAUUGCAAGUGAAGCUUGGGCUACUUCACCAGUUUUUCAUACUCAGCGUCUUUUGCCCUUCCUGGGGGGCACUGUGGGGAUUGCCAUCAGGCGUGGGGAGAUCCAGGGACUUCAUGACUUUCUGCUUCGCCUCCAUCCUGACAGUAAUUUGAGAAAUAAUAUGGUGAGAAUCUUCUGGGAAAACAUGUUCAGGUGCAGUUUUGACACUGGAGGAAGCGAGGGAGAAAUAAUAUGUACUGGACAGGAGGAUCUGAGCAGCACAGACACAGCAUACACUGAUGUAUCAGAACUGAGGGCCUCAUAUAAUGUAUAUAAGGCAGUUUAUGCCCUGGCACAUGCUCUUCAUGACCUGAUGCAAUGUGAGGAGUGGAGCGGACCAUUUAGUGGGAGUAGCUGUGCCAACCUAUCCAACUUGAAACCCUGGCAGGUGGUUCACUACCUACAGAAAGUGAACUUCACCACAGGCUUUGGGGAUCAUGUGUCAUUUGAUAAGAAUGGAGAUGCUUUGGCCAUCUAUGAUGUGAUGAACUGGCAGCCGACCUCUGAUGGGUCAAUAAUUGUUCGUACAGUAGGUGUGGUAGAUGAAGGGGCAGCAACAGGGAAGGUGCUCACACUGGACGAAAAUGAAAUAUACUGGAACUUGGAGACAAAUAAACCCCCACAGUCUGUGUGCAGUGAGAGUUGCCCCCCGGGCACCAGGCGAGCCAGAAAGAAGGGUCUUCCUGUCUGCUGUUUUGACUGCCUGCCAUGUGCAGAUGGAGAGAUUUCUAAUAUAUCAGUGUGUUCCGAUGAGUUCUGGUCAAAUACAGAUAAAAAUAAGUGUGUUCCCAAAGAAAUGGAGUUUCUGUCUUACGAGGAACCUCUUGGCAUUUCCCUGAGCACUGCUUCCUUGCUUGGCACCUUCAUCUGUUCUGCAGUGUUUGUAAUUUUUGCACAUUACCGCCACACUCCAGUUGUGCGAGCUAACAAUUCAGAACUCAGUUUCCUGCUGCUAUUGUCACUCAAACUGUGUUUUUUGUGUGUGUUUCUGUUCAUUGGCCGGCCGCAGCUGUGGACAUGUCAGUUAAGACAUGCUGUGUUUGGUAUUAGCUUUGUCCUGUGUGUCUCCAGCAUCCUGGUUAAGACUAUGGUGGUAAUAGCUGUGUUCAAGUCAUCUCGACCAGAAGGUAAAAGUGUGAUGAAAUGGUUUGGAGCAGCUCAACAAAGAGGCACAGUUCUGGUCCUGACAGCCCUCCAGGUUGUGAUAUGUGCAGUCUGGCUAUCAACUGCCUCUCCAACACCCAAUAAAAACAGUUAUUAUAUCCACUCUAAAAUAGUAUAUGAAUGUGCUAUUGGCUCAGUGGCUGGUUUUUCUCUUCUGCUGGGAUACAUUGGCCUCCUUGCAGCAAUAAGUUUCCUGUUAGCUUUCCUGGCGAGAAACCUUCCAGACAAUUUUAAUGAAGCAAAGUUCAUCACUUUUAGUAUGUUAAUCUUCUGUGCUGUGUGGAUUGCAUUUAUCCCAGCAUAUGUGAGCUCUCCAGGGAAAUAUGCAGUGGCUGUGGAGAUAUUUGCCAUCCUGGCUUCCAGUUUUGGAUUACUGGUCUUCAUAUUUGCCCCGAAGUGUUACAUCAUUAUAUUACACCCAGAAAGAAACACUAAAAAAGCCAUCAUGGGAAAAGCAACCUGA